AUGACUCGCGUCAUCGAGAGCAGUCACGUCAUCGCUGAUUUAUGCAUUGUUCCGAUUGGUACUGAAGUCAAUACGUCCAAGUACAUUGUCGAGGUUCAAAAGAUUCUUCAAGAGGCCGGGUUGCACCCUAAUUUGCACGCUUGCGGCACCAACGUUGGUCUGUUGAUAGAGAUUCGUUUUAAUUACAUUUUCUUUAUUCGUCCAAUACUCGUUGAUCAACCAUAUGCAUCUUCUAGAGG